CAGAGCCUAACGCGCAUGCGCCGCCCUAGGACAACUCUGGGAUCCCUUGGCCGGCCUUUUCGUACAGCCCCGCCCUCUCCCCAAAGCCACGCCCACCGGUCCCUCCUCAGCGAUUGGACCCGCCCCGGCCCGCGGAGGGAUCACGUGACGCCCCGGGAAGAGGAAAAGGAAGUGUCCCCGGCGCCGGCUCGGCGGGGCUUUCCGAUGCGGUCCGGAUGGAGGCGAGGCCGGCGCCUGAGGGAGAGGACGCGGAGGCUGCUCUCCAGCCUGCGCCACAACCCGAGCCCGAGUUGCUUCUGGAGUGAGAAUUGGCUGUCUGCAAGGACGUUGCCCAGGGGACAUUGCCCGGAUGUUUUGAUGUUUUUACCAUCCUUGUGGGAGGCUUCUCUCACGUCCCCGCAUGGAGCUGAUAGAGGGAACUCAUCCGCACUCUCUCUGGGUGGAAUUCGAACUUGGCAGCCUUCAGGAGAGCCCCUCCUCGUGGCAGAGCUGAAACCAGGGCAGCCUCAGCCGUAUGACUGGAAAUCCAGCUGUGAGACCUGGAGCGUGGCCUUCUCCCCGGACGGAGCCUGGUUUGCCUGGUCUCAGGGCCACUGUCUUGUCAAGUUGCUUCCCUGGCCGUUGGAAGGGAUUGAGCCGACCUGCAAAGCUUUAGAAUGCAAGAGCCCGUACCCGAAAGCAGAGGCCAAGGGCCGAGGUGGCUCCAAAGAGAAGACCUUGGAGUGUGGGAAGAUCGUCUGGGGCCUGGCCUUCAGCGCUUGGACUCCUAGCCACCCAAAGAAACACAGCCUGCGGGGGUCAAGUGCUUCCUGUUUGGUCCUGGCCACGGGAUUGAAUGACGGGCAGAUUAAAAUCUGGGAGGUCCAGACAGGCUGUUUGCUGUUCAACCUCUUGGGGCAUCAAGACGUGGUGAGGGACCUCAGCUUCGUCCCUGGCGAGAGCGGCUCCGUCCUGGUCUCUGCCUCCCGCGACAAAACCCUGCGCAUCUGGGACCUGAGCCAGAACGGGAAGCAACUGAAGGUGCUGUCCGGACACGUCCAGUGGGUCUACUGUUGUUGCGUCUCUCCCGAUGGCCAGAUGCUGUGCUCUGCUGCUGGAGAGAAGUCGGCUCUCCUCUGGAGCAUGCGCUCCUACAUCCUCCUCCGAAGACUAGAAGGCCACCAGGGCUGCGUUGUGUCCUGUGACUUCUCCCCAGACUCGGCGCUUCUUGCAACGGCCUCCUAUGACACAUUUGUGAUACUCUGGGACCCCUGUACGGGCGAGCAGCUGAGAUCCCUCUGCCACUUUCCUUUACAGCCCAUUCUGGACCACAACAGUGACUUCCAUUCCAACUCCCUGCGAUCCGUGUGCUUCUCCCCCGAAGGCCUCUAUCUUGCGACUGUGGCGGAUGACAGGCUCCUGAGGAUUUGGGCUUUAGAGCUUGGGAGCCCCGUUGCCUUUGCCUUGGUGAAGAAUGGUCUGUGUUGCACCUACUAUCCACAUGGAGGGAUUAUUGCCACUGGGACACGAGAUGGCCAUACCCAGUUUUGGACAGUCCCCCAGGUCCUGUCCUCCCUUAAGCACCUGUGCCGCAAAGUGCUCCGGGGACGCUACACCACUCACCAAGUCUCGGUGCUGCCCAUUCCAACGAAAAUGAAGGAGUUUCUCACCUACAGAACUUUAUGAGGGUAACUGGGUUGAUGGAGGCGUCCUAUUGGUGAUUUGGGCAGAAUGGCCACUUGCCUUGUCAAGACUCGUGCAAUGGCCUUGUGCUCUGCAGCACCGCAAGGGCCAAAGUCUCCUUUUCUUUUGUGGAGAGUUGUGGUAAGGAAACAUUCAUUCAUCCAGGGAUGUAGGGCUAUGCUUGUUGUCGGCCACAGGAAACCUCAAAUCUCAUUUGCACCAACGGAUUAGUCUUCAGCAUGUUUCACUUGGAAUUUCCAUAGUUGUAAACUUUUCUGAAUUUAACCAACUCUUGUACAGGAAUGUGGCCUCUUUUUUGGAGAGGGAAGAGGCUGCUUCUGGUUUGAGCAAACUUUUAACAAAAGUGCUUUGUCCUUUCGAGUUGAACAUUAUGCACUUAGUUUUCCCGGAAGAUGAAGGCUUCCCUUUGCUGCUGGACAAAGCUAUCCACUGAAAUGAGUUUUUCAUUCCCUCAUCUUACACAAAACUUGAUCUUAUCGGAUGUCAAUUUCUCUGAUGUCAGCACAAUUGGAGGGCAUUUUGCCCAUUUUGUGUGGCAUAGGACCUUGGAGUCGGCUUCCAAGCUAGUCACAGCAGCACUUGCAGAUGCUCUGGUUGGCCAACUAAACCUACAGCACUUCUCUCAUUUGUUUCAUGGGUGAUAUAUUGCAGGAAGGGAAGGCAGGCAAGGAAGAUCCCAAACAAAAUGCCCUUAUAGUAAGGCUUGGCCCACUAGAUCUUGUGGCACGUGCCCUUUGGGAGAGCUGGUUGCCAAAUGAUCGUGUCUUCAGAUUGCCUGUUAACUUACGGCAACAUUGUGAAUUUUGUAGGGGCUUCUUAGGCAAAGAACACUCAGAUGGCUUUACCAAUAUAGGGAGAAGCAAAUGCAUUUUGCACAAACAAAUGAUCAGAUAUACAUUUCAGACUUUAUUCAUUUCAGGGCAUUUUCUUUUUCUUGGAAACUAGAAUCCAAAAUACAAUGUUGUCUCAUACUUCAGCAGCAGCGUUGAAGCAAGAUCUGCUUAUGGUCAUAUUAAUAUGCCCUCAAGCUGUUCUGAUUUAUGCCAACCCUAUCAUCUGAUGCUGUUGGAAGAGGUUUUCGUCCUCCUCUGAAGCUAACAGUGUGAUUUUCCCCAAGGUGACCAAAAGGUUUCUGUGGCCAAGUUCAGAUUCAAAGCCAAGUCUCCUGGACACUUAGUCCAACACCACACUGGCUCUCCAUGGGAUUGGGUGGAAAUGAUUACUAUUUUACAAUACAGGCAUAAAUCACCACUGUAACCCAGUGCAGACCUCAUUCACUUUGUACCACUCCCACCUCAUUCACUUUGUACCAUUCCCUUGCUUUCAGUGAGUCUUGGUACUCUUGUGUCACUUUUGAAAUCGCACUGCUGAAGAUGGAUCAGAAAGUGCUGUUUGAUUAUGUUGAAAACAAAUGAUUCACUGUUUAUUUUUUCAGGUUAUAGUAGCUAGAGGUGACUUAAAGGUGAAAGCCCUGUUUUUUUUGUUUUAAUAUACGUCAAUAGUCUCUCUGUAAUAAAGAAGUACUUAGACUGGA